AUUAUGUGAGAAUGGCUUGUUUUAUUCAUCAUCGCCCAUGAGAUGAAUUUAUUGUAAUUAAGUAGGGAAAAUCACAGUAAUGGGAGGAAAUGCAGGAACCUUGAUGUUUAUCUAUCGAUGAAGCCGCUGAACGUCACACGUCAGAGGAAAAGCAAUGGCGACACGGGGCGCUGGGUUCGCACGGACCCAAACAAGCAAACGAAAUUCACGCAAAAACAUCCUUAGCAAAAUCCGUCAUGGUCAAAUCACAGGUGUGGGAUUGACUAGAGGGACUCAGGUUCCUGUGGCUCUGCUGGAGGAGAGAGAUAAAAGAGUUAAAUGGCAGGGAAUACCAGCGUUACUAAGGAGACUUCAUGAGAGCAGCCACCCUAACAGUGAUCUCUCUGACAUCCACAGCAUGGUCAUGGAGCUGUCGUCAUUGCUGUCUAUGGAGGCCAUGUCAUUUGUCACAGAGGAGCGCAAAACACCACUGCAGUCUAUUUCACCUAAUACAUAUACAUUUGACCUCUUUGGAGGAGUUGAUUUGUUUGUAGAGAUUCUAAUGCGACCAACACUCACGGUGCAGGGAGCCCUACCCAUACUGAGUGAUGAUCUCAUCAAGGACUGUCUGAGUGUUCUUUACAACUGCUGUAUAUGUACAGAAGGCGUUACAAAAAGCCUGUCAGUGAGGGAUGAUUUUGUCACGUUUCUUUUUACGCUUAUGUCAAACAAAAAGGUUUUUCUACAAACUGCCACUCUUAUCGAGGACAUUCUAAGUGUCAGAAAGGAAAUGGUCCAACUUGAAGAAAUUCCUAACCUCCCCAGUUUGGUCCAGAGCUUCAAUCAGCAACAGCUGGCCAAUUUCUGUCGUAUCCUUUCGGUCACCAUAUCAGAGCCAGAUGUGGGUGUGGAUGACAAACACACCCUCCUCGCCCGCAGUACCCAGCAAAAGACCAGCACCUGCCCAUCACGAUCUGAGACCAACCAGGUAACUCUGCUGAAUAUCCCCGGCUUUAUUGAGCGCCUUUGUAAACUGGCCACGCGGAAAGUGACGGAGGUAGAAGGAGCCUCUGCCCGCUUGGAACUUGAAGACUGGCACAGUUGGCUUGACAACGCACUGGUGCUGGAUGCUCUCAUGCAGUUAGCAAUUGAGGAAGCAGAGCAGAGCAGUACAGAGUCAUCUGAUGAGAGUUCCCUGUCCUCCACUCCGCUUAGACACAGAUUGCCUCAGUCCAUGAAGAUAGUACAUGAGAUCAUGUAUAAAGUGGAGGUUCUUUAUGUGUUAUGUGUUUUACUUAUGGGCAGACAGAGAAAUCAGGUUCACCGAAUGCUUGCUGAGUUCAAGUUAAUCCCAGGACUCAAUAACCUUUUUGAUAAACUGAUCUGGAGAAGACAGCCAGCUGGCCAUGUCUUACAUCGACAGAACCAGAAUUGUGACUGCAGUCCAGAGAUCUCAUUCAAGAUUCAGUUCCUCAGACUGUUGCAGAGUUUCAGUGAUCACCAUGAGAAUAAGUACCUCCUCCUAAGUGGACAAGAACUGAAUGAACUGAGUGACAUCUACCUGAAUGCCAAUAUCUUUGAAAUGGAGGCUCUGAAUAACACAGACAGGAACCUUGUGUGUGAUGGUAAAAAAGGUCUUCUUACACGGCUAAUCUCGGUCAUGAAGAAAGAGCCGAUUGAUUCAUCUUUCAGGUUCUGGCAGGCGAGAGCAGUUGAGAGUUUUCUUAGAGGAACACCAUCAUAUGCCGACCAAGUGUUUCUGCUCAGAAGAGGUUUGUUAGAGCACAUUCUGAAUUGCAUCAUCGACAGCGGGUGCACGUCCCAUGAUGUCCUUCAGAGCUACUUUGAUCUACUUGGUGAGCUCAUGAAGUUCAACAUCGACGCCUUCAAAAGAUUCAACAAAUAUGUUAACAAUGAGGAAAAGUUUCAGAGGUUCCUUACCCAGAUCAACAGCUCUCUGGUGGACUCAAACAUGCUGGUGCGAUGUAUCGUCCUGUCUCUGGACCGCUUUGAGAGUCAGACUAAAGACAUGAAAGUGAUUGAAGUGUUUUCAGAGUGCCGUCUCCUGUCCUACAUGGCUCAACUGGAGAACAGGUGGACUUUCCUGUUUAGACUGAUCAACAUCAUCAAUGUGCAGACUCUUACACAGGAGAACGUGAGCUGUCUGAACACCAGCCUGGUGAUUCUGAUGCUGGCGAGGAGGCGGGGAAAACUGCCUUUAUAUCUGAACGCUCUGAGAGAGAAAGAGUAUGCCGAGAAAUAUCCAGGCUGCCUGCUCAACAACUUCCACAACCUGCUGCGCUUCUGGCAGCACCACUACCUCAACAAGGACAAGGACAGCACUUGCCUUGAGAAUAGUUCAUGUAUUCCCUUCGCCUACUGGAAGGAGACUGUAUCGGUACUGCUGGGUAAUGCAGAUUCCGGAAGAAGCUCACGGUGUGCUAUUUCCACCUACAUUGAUGAAGCUUACAGGGACCUGAACAGAGAUUUCAUGGAGUUGUGACUCUAGAGACUGUGUGUGUGAUGUUUCGAGCUACUUAAAGGACUUGCUUCACACCAAAACUGAAUCACAGUGUGCAAUUUCACAAGAUUCAGUUGCAUUACAGAAUUCAUGUUUGUGUGACUGGAGAUCUGAGCAUGUGUUUCGUGGAUGUUGAUCUGCUUGUGUUUAAUAGUGUGAUUGUGUAUUGGCUGUAGCGAUAUUAUGGCUGUGCAUUGAAUGUGUGCUUGGGAAUAUUAAAAAGUGGAGGGGUUUGUGUGUUUGGAAUGGUUCUAGUGCAAGGAAUGAAACUUCACUGCCGACCGUCCCUCACUGCAAAAAAAGACUGCGGUAUAAGACAUCCUGCUGUCUUAUGUUGGUGGUUCACUUAGUUUACAUACUACCUGUAUAUUUAUGUAUGUUAUGUAUGUAGUUUUCACUUGAUCUCAAAAUUUUACUUUUGUGAACUUACAGAGUGACGACACAGUCAACAAAAGAAAAUAAAUUGUUUUAUCAAUA